AUGCCGUCAGUGCGUGUAGCAACACCCGAAAUCCGUUUGCACUGCGGCCCCACGGGGCUCAAUGAGGCAGUUCUAUCAUUGGAUUUCUUAUGGCCAAAUAAUGAAGUCGCUACUUCAUCCGGAAAAUCGCUACUGGCCACCGGAGGUGCAGACAAAGAGAUCAAGUUGUGGCGUGUGGGCGAAAAGGAGGAACCUGAAGCUCAAGACACCAUCGCACUUGAAUUCGUUUUCAGCCUAUCCGGUCAUGAUCGCAGUGUUAAUUGUGUGCGAUUCUCUCCUAAUGGUGCUUACUUGGCGUCGGCCAGCGACGAUACGUCGAUCAUUCUUUGGAGUAAGCCAAAGACAGCGGGUGAUGAUUGGCACUGGGACCAGAUUUCUUCGCUUAGCGAUGUAAAGCGAAACAUCUUGUCGCUAGGUCAUAAGGGCGAUAUUACAGACCUUUCGUGGUCACCCGACUCAGCCUUCCUCGCAUCCACGUCGGUUGACAACCGUUGCGUUAUAUGGGACGUCGAAAAGGGCGAUGUCGCUGAGCGGCGCAAAGACCACACGCAAUACGUGCAAGGCGUGGCAUGGGAUCCGCUUAACGAAUUCAUUGUCACAGAAGGUAACGACCGCACGUGCAGAGUUUACUCGCUCAGUGGCUUUGGAGCGGGACCGCGUUUGAACAUGAAAAAGCAGGGGCGCAAAUUUAUGUGCAUCCAAACGCUAAAGACCCGGGACUUUUCUCCAGAAAGGCAUAAUGAGAGAAAUCUUGAAGCCAAGAAUGACAAAGAUAAAGAAGAGAGCAGCAACAGCACAGUCGCUGAAGCCACUUUAGGAGACGUAAUCGCUAAAACUGUAUCCCCACCGAAACAUCGGAUGUUUCUGGACGAUACGUGCCCUGCGUUCGCACGUCGACCUGCCUGGACACCUGAUGGAAAUUACUUUUUAGCACCAACUGGAAUGUUUCGAUCAAGCGAUUCUGCGUCUGCUGUAAACACAGUCUACGCAUUUUCACGUGGAAAUUUGAGUCAGCCAACACUACACUUACCUGGACAAGAAAAGACCUCACUGGCUGUCCGCUGCAGUCCUGUUAUGUACAAAUUACGUUGUGAAGGUGAAGAAUCUUCAGUGUUUAAUCUUUUUAAGACAGAAUUACGCUCUGUCUUUGCUGUGAUAACACUUGACGCUGUCAUUGUCCAUGACACACAGCAUUCUCACCCCAUCUGUACGAUAAAGGGCCUCCACUACGCAGACCUGACUGAUGCUUCGUGGACUGCAGAUGGACAGACACUAAGUAUUUCGUCAACGGAUGGCUAUAUUUCAUUCAUUAGAUUCGAAGCUGGUUUCUUCGGUACAAGCCAACCUUACCGAGCUCUCAAUGAAGUAAAGAUGCGACGUAUGUUUGCGACGCCUAAUAAGGCGCGCAAGAAACCAAGAAGUCAAACUCAGUCUCAAUCAGGACUUAAUACGCUGACUCCGGCGAAAGUCACCGUUGGCAAAACUAAAACACCGGCUGUAGAUCCCGUUGCACAUCAGGGCUCCGAGGAAAAACCUGCAGCCAAUUCUGUUAAUGUGUUGCAGGUGAGAAAAAAACGCAAAACAUUGUCGACACCGGCGCAAGUUGAUGUUACUUCAGCAUCAGCUGCUGUCGAAUCACAGGCUGUCAAAAAUGCCCCUUUAGGCAUCAAGCUAGCUUCUAGUGCUCUUGUUCCCAGCUCUUCUAGUGCAGAGGACCCAACGACUGGCUCCCUCUCUUCGUGUUUAGAACCGAAGUCCAAUCAAUUGUGA